AUGGACAACACCAUGUGGCUGUCCAACCACACUGGAGGGGCCGAUUUCUUCCUGUUGGGACUCUUCAGUCAAUCCAAACACCCAGCUCUGCUCUGUGUGGCCAUUUUUGUGAUUUUCCUGAUGGCUCUGACUGGAAACGCCAUCCUGAUCCUCCUGGUACACUCUAAUGCCCACCUCCACACUCCCAUGUACUUUUUCGUCAGCCAGUUGUCUCUCAUGGACAUGAUGUACAUUUCUGUCACUGUGCCAAAGAUGGUCAUGGACCAGGUCAUGGGUGCCAAAAGUAUUUCAGUUCCUGGAUGUGGGAUACAGAUGUUCCUCUACUUGACACUAGUAGGAUCAGAAUUUUUCCUUCUAGCUGCCAUGGCCUGUGAUCGAUACAUGGCCAUCUGCCAUCCGCUCCAUUACCCCGUCCUUAUGAACCACAGGGUAUGUCUCCUCCUGGCAUCCGGCUGCUGGUUCUUGGGCUCAGUGGAUGGCUUCAUGCUCACUCCCAUCACCAUGACCUUCCCCUUCUGCAGGUCCAGGAAGAUCCAUCACUUCUUUUGUGAGGUGCCUGCUGUAAUGAAGCUCUCCUGCUCUGACACCUCACUCAUUGAGACACUCAUAUACUUGUGUUGUGUCCUCAUGCUCCUCACCCCUGUGACAGUCAUUUCAAGCUCCUACUCUUUCAUCCUCCUCACCAUCCACAGGAUGAACUCAGCAGAGGGCCGGAAGAAGGCCUUCACCACCUGUUCCUCCCACAUGACUGUGGUCAUCCUCUUCUACGGGGCUGCCAUCUACACGUACAUGAUGCCCAGCUCCUACCAUACCCCGGAGAAGGACAUGGUAGUAUCUUUCCUUUACAGUAUCCUCACUCCUGUACUAAACCCUUUAAUCUAUAGUCUUAGAAAUAAAGAUGUCACAGGGGCUCUGAAGAAAAUGUUGAAUGUGGAACCUGCCUUUCAAGAAAAUAUAAAGUAG